UACAGACCCCCCCUCAAAAUUUCCUCCACCUCUUACCGUCAAUUCGCUCACCAAUUUCGGCCACCAAUCUCCGCCGAUGACUCUGAUGACACCUCCUCCCAUGGAUGCAGAGGAGGACGAGAUGCUAGUCCCACAUUCCGAUUUCGCUGCCACAGAAGGGCCUCAGCCAAUGGAAGUUGCACCAGCAGAAGCUGCCAAUUCUGUCGAUGCACCAACUGUUGAUGAUCCACCAUCAGCACGGUUUACAUGGACCAUAGAAAAUUUUUCGAGGUUGAAUGCCAAAAAGUUGUAUUCUGACGUUUUCUUUGUCGGAGGUUAUAAAUGGCGAGUGCUGAUAUUCCCAAAAGGAAACAAUGUUGACCAUCUGUCAAUGUACCUUGAUGUCGCUGACUCCUCAACGCUGCCAUAUGGCUGGAGUAGAUAUGCUCAAUUCAGCUUAGCAGUGGUUAAUCAAAUUCAUAACAAGUUUACCAUUAGAAAAGAUACACAACAUCAGUUCAAUUCACGAGAAAGUGAUUGGGGCUUCACUUCAUUUAUGCCUCUAAGUGACCUAUAUGACCCCAGUAGAGGUUAUCUUCUGAAUGAUACAUGCAUAGUUGAAGCUGAUGUUACAGUGCGGAAGGUUGUUGAUUACUGGUCACAUGAUUCAAAGAAGGAGACUGGUUAUGUUGGUCUUAAGAAUCAAGGUGCUACCUGCUACAUGAACUCCCUGCUUCAGACAUUAUACCAUAUCCCUUAUUUUAGGAAGGCUGUGUAUCAUAUGCCAACAACUGAAAAUGAUAUGCCAUCAGGGAGCAUUCCUCUGGCUUUGCAGAGUUUAUUUUAUAAGCUUCAAUACAGUGACACAAGUGUUGCCACGAAAGAGUUGACAAAGUCUUUUGGCUGGGAUACAUAUGAUUCUUUUAUGCAGCAUGAUGUUCAAGAACUCAAUCGGGUUCUCUGUGAGAAGCUUGAAGACAAAAUGAAGGGAACAGUUGUGGAGGGUACAAUACAGCAAUUAUUUGAAGGACACCAUAUGAACUAUAUUGAAUGCAUAAACGUUGACUACAAAUCAACAAGAAAGGAGUCUUUUUAUGAUCUUCAGCUUGAUGUCAAAGGUUGCCGUGAUGUGUAUGCCUCUUUUGACAAGUACGUGGAAGUAGAACGGCUUGAAGGUGACAACAGAUAUCAUGCUGAACAACUUGGGUUACAGGAUGCAAAGAAGGGCGUCCUGUUCAUUGAUUUCCCCCCUGUUCUUCAACUCCAGUUGAAGCGUUUUGAAUAUGAUUUCAUGCGAGACACAAUGGUGAAGAUAAAUGAUCGCUACGAAUUCCCCUUGCAACUUGAUCUUGAUAGAGAGGAUGGGAAAUAUUUAUCACCUCAGGCAGACAGAAGUGUUCGCAACCUUUACACUCUUCACAGUGUAUUGGUUCACAGCGGUGGGGUACAUGGUGGACAUUAUUAUGCCUAUAUCCGGCCAACCCUUUCAGAUCAAUGGUUUAAAUUUGAUGAUGAACGUGUAACCAAAGAAGACAUGAAGAGGGCACUGGAUGAACAGUAUGGGGGCGAGGAGGAGUUGCCUCAAGCAAAUCCUGGGUUCAAUAACUCUCCAUUUAAAUUUACAAAGUAUUCAAAUGCAUAUAUGCUUGUGUAUAUACGUGAAAGUGACAAGGAGAAAAUAAUCUGUAACGUGGAUGAGAAGGACAUAGCAGAGCACCUAAGGAUAAGGUUGAAAAAAGAACAAGAAGAAAAGGAGCAAAAGAGAAAGGAGAAAGCAGAAGCACAUUUAUAUACUAUUAUAAAGGUUGCUCGAGAUGAGGACCUCCGUGAACAGAUAGGGAAGGAUAUAUAUUUUGAUCUUGUGGAUCAUGACAAAGUUCGUAGCUUUCGCAUCCAAAAACAAAUAUCUUUUGCGCUUUUCAAGGAGGAUGUAGCUAAAGAAUUGGGUAUACCUGUGCAAUACCAACGUUUCUGGCUAUGGGCAAAGCGUCAAAAUCACACUUAUCGCCCGAAUCGUCCAUUGACGCCUCAAGAAGAAGCUCAGUCUGUUGGGCAUUUGAGAGAGGUAUCAAAUAAGGCAAACAACGCAGAGCUUAAGCUGUUUCUGGAAGUAGAACUUGGACAGGAUUUACGCCCAAUUUCUCCACCUGAGAAGACUAAAGAGGAGAUUCUACUUUUCUUCAAACUUUAUGAUCCUUUGAAGGAGGAACUUCGGUAUGUUGGGCGGCUCUUUGUGAAGGGUACCGGAAAGCCAAUAGAAAUACUGGCAAGGCUGAAUGAACUGGCUGGCUUUGCACCUGAUGAAGAAAUCGAACUAUUUGAGGAAAUUAAGUUUGAACCCAAUGUUAUGUGUGAACACAUCGACAAGAAGCUAACUUUUCGGGGUAGUCAGCUUGAAGACGGGGACAUCAUUUGCUUUCAGAAACCCCUUAAGGCUGAAAACACUGAAACAUGUCGCUAUCCCGAUGUUCCGGCUUUUCUGGAGUAUGUUCACAAUCGUCAGGUUGUACGUUUUCGUGCGCUGGAGAAGCCCAAGGAGGAUGAGUUCUCUCUUGAAUUAUCAAAACUUAACAAUUAUGACGAUGUUGUUGAAAGACUUGCUCACCAUCUACACUUAGAUGAUCCAUCUAAAAUCAGGCUUACAUCUCACAACUGCUACUCUCAGCAACCUAAACCACAGCCAAUCAAGUAUCGUGGAGUGGAACAUUUGUCAGACAUGCUGGCCCACUACAAUCAGACUUCAGAUAUUUUGUAUUAUGAAGUACUGGAUAUCCCUCUGCCAGAACUGCAAGGCCUGAAAACUCUGAAAGUUGCCUUCCAUCAUGCUACUAAAGAUGAAGUGGUAAUACAUACCAUUAGAUUGCCAAAGCAAAGCACAGUGGGGGAUGUGAUUAGUGACCUUAAGACAAAGGUUGAGUUGUCUCAUCGAGAUGCAGAACUUCGACUACUUGAGGUUUUCUACCACAAAAUUUACAAGAUUUUCCCCCUGAAUGAAAAAAUCGAGAAUAUUAAUGACCAAUACUGGACAUUACGUGCUGAGGAGGUUCCAGAAGAAGAAAAGGACCUGGGUCCUCAGGACCGUCUAAUUCAUGUUUAUCAUUUUAUGAAAGACACUGUUCAGAACCAGCAAGUCCAGAACUUUGGGGAACCAUUCUUUCUCGUCAUUCGUGAGGGUGAGACAUUAGCUGAAGUUAAAAUAAGGAUCCAGAAGAAGUUACAGGUUCCAGAUGAAGAGUUUUUAAAGUGGAAGUUUGCAUUUCUGUCAUUGGGGCGUCCCACAUACCUUCAGGACUCUGAUAUUGUCUCGAGUCGUUUUCAGAGAAGAGAUGUUUAUGGUGCUUGGGAACAAUAUUUGGGAUUGGAGCACUGUGACAAUUCACCCAAGAGGUCAUAUGCUGCGAAUCAGAACCGUCACACAUUCGAGAAACCAGUUAGAAUUUACAACUAGUAAGAGAAUAAGGUCAGCCGAAGCUACACUGCAAGUUGAGUUGGCCAAGUUAUGACCUCUGGGAAUGCAUGGGGGUGUGGCUUUCUGGGGAAGCAUCAAAAUGAACCUAGCAGCAAGAGAAUGCAAGCAUUCAUCAUCAUCAUCCUUCUGGUAGAUGUGUAAUUCUUUGUGAAAAAAGGUAGCAGCAAUCAUAUAUACUCUUUGUUUGUUUGUUUGUGUAGCAUCCUCCUUCGGGUGAUGUAGUUUUUUAGGUGUUAUCUUCCAUUCGAGUGUACCCUAGUAGAACAUGCAUCAUAAGAUUUUGUUUCUGAGUCAGUCAGUCAGUCAGUGUUGUAUAGAGGUAUAGUUUGUGUUCUUCAACUUCCAUUCUCAUUUCAGACCAUUCUACAUUUGUGAUUCUAUUAUACAAAAAAUAGAGAUGAGAUUUCUACCUGCAAAGCAUCUGCA